AUGAAGGUUUACAACCUCGCUCUCUUCAUGUUGGCUGCCUUGGCAACUUCCACCAAGGUUACCUCCAAUGGAGGUGAGAGCUUUGUCUCCAAAGUCAGAGCCGUCACCCAACCCGACGAGCUGAAGCCUGAAUCGAUCACUGCCAUUAUGCCGGAUACUCUGGUCGAAGGAGGUACGAACUGGUCCAAGUGCCGUAGCGCCGGCAGCUCCGAUGAGGACUGUUCCAAGUCUGGUGCCUGCUCGGUAGGGGUUUGCUUGGGGCCUGGCGAUUCGCGCAGGCACCACGCUCGUGAGAUCCGGGCCUAUGCGCCCCUUGUUGAUGGGGAGGAUAACAAGAGCUGA